AGAGACCAUAAUGAUGACAACAACAAAAAUGACAAUGACAAAGUUACAACAAUGUAUAGGAUUAGAUUCACAAAGAUGCACGGUGCUGGCAAUGACUUUGUAUUGUUUAAGCGUAAUGGCAAACAUCAUAAUGAUUAUGGACAUGAACCUCUGUCAUUGGACGAACUAUCAUAUAUAUCCAAAUCAAUUGCCAAUCGAAAGCUUGGAGUUGGGUGCGAUCAGGUGAUCAUCGUCACUGAUGCCCCAUCACCAAAGUCAGAUUACGAAAUGUUGAUAUACAAUCAAGAUGGAAGUGUUGCAACAAUGUGUGGCAAUGGAGUUAGAUGCUUCUCAAAGUAUAUAACAGAUAAUAGGAUACCAUCUGUGUAUAUGAUGGAUGGCGGUAACAAUGUUGAUGAAGUGUAUGAGGAAAGAAUGUUCCAGAGGGUACACACAUUGGCUGGCAUUAUAAUCACAUAUCCAUUGGCACAAUCCACCUAUGGACUGACCAAACUGAUCAAGGUCAACAUGGGUUCGCCAUUGGUUCUCAAGACCAAUGCGCCACCUUCACUUGCCUCACUGAGUAGUCCGGAGCCACCAACAACGACCACGACAAAAGAGGAUAACCGUGUGAUUCUAACACCGAUCACUGGUCAAAUGUAUUAUUCAAAGACGAUCAAUGUUUUGGGGAUGGCCACUACCACAUGUACAUCAUCAUCAACAUCAUCAAGUGCGGCAAUUACCUUAUUCCAAUGUAUAUUAGUAUCAAUGGGUAAUCCACAUUGUGUCGUGUUCCUGGAAGACAAUAUCAAACUUGGUAGCCUACCGACCGACACAUCUCUCGACACCUUGGACAUUGCUGAUAUUGGCAAGAAGAUUGAAGCCGAUCCAAUCUUUAUCGAUAGUUGUAACGUUGAGUUUGUCACUGUAUGUACCAAUCACUUAAUCAGAAAAGUUAGAGCCAGAGUAUGGGAGAGGGGAACUGGAGAGACUUUGGCAUGUGGAACAGGUGCAUGUGCUGUGGCAGUCGCUUCAAUCUUGACUGGAAAGUGCCAGGUUGACGAGACUGUAUCGAUCAAUAUGCCUGGAGGUGAACUGCUGAUUGAUUGGAACCAGCAAGAGGGCAAGGUCUACAAGACUGGACCUGCAACGACGGUCUUCACAUCAGAGAUUGACAUUGUUGUU